CCGCCCAAAUCUGGAGAUCUUUGGCGGUUAUCAACUUGCAUGUUUUACAAAUGUCGCUCUGCCAACAAAUCGGUCGAAUGUUUUCGUUGUGUUUGUCGGAAGAGGAUUCGCGUUUUCUUAUUUUGUCUUUAAAUAACGUUGAUGCUAACAUGUUUGCCUGAUUUCCUGCUGCAUCAUGUACAUCAAACAAGUGAUUAUUCAAGGGUUUAAAUCUUAUCGUGAACAAACAGUUGUUGAGCCUUUUGAUCCAAGACAUAAUGUAGUAGUUGGCAGAAACGGUUCUGGCAAGAGCAAUUUCUUUUAUGCCAUCCAAUUUGUUCUAAGUGAUGAAUUCUCUCAUCUUAGACCGGAGCAAAGGCAAGCACUGUUGCAUGAAGGAACAGGACCUCGUGUUAUAUCUGCCCAUGUAGAAAUUAUAUUUGACAAUUCUGAUGGCAGAUUACCAAUUGAUAAAGAUGAAGUAUACUUAAGAAGGGUGAUUGGUUCCAAGAAAGAUCAAUAUUUUCUGAACAAGAAAAUAGUGACAAGGAAUGAUGUAAUGAAUUUAUUGGAGUCGGCAGGAUUUUCCAGGUCUAAUCCCUAUUAUAUUGUGAAGCAAGGAAAGAUAAAUCAAAUGGCAACAGCACCAGAUUCUCAGAGAUUGAAAUUACUGAGAGAAGUAGCAGGUACUAGGGUAUAUGAUGAUAGAAGAGAAGAAUCAAAAUCAAUCUUGAAAGAGACAGAAGGGAAAUUAGAAAAAAUUGAGGACUUUCUGCGAACGAUAGAGGAACGCUUGAAGACACUCGAGGAAGAGAAGGAAGAGCUGAAAGAAUACCAACGCUGGGACAAACAACGCCGUUGUUUAGAGUAUACAAUUCAUGAGCGCGAACUCAAAGAGAACAAGAGAAAAUUGGAGGAACUUGAAGAGUCCAGAGCGAACAGCGGAGCAGAGCAAGCGAGGCUGGGGGCAGAAGCAAAAACUGCACAAGAAAUGGUGCGUGCAGCUACGAAGCGCUUAAAGGAAGCGAAGAAGGAGGUGCAAAGCGCCAAGGAAGAAAGAGAUACUCUUAGUGCAGAGCAGCAACAAUUGUUAAAAGAAAAGACCAAGUUGACUUUAACUAUCAACGAUUUAUUAGAGGAAGUGAAAGGUGAUAAUGAUAGUAGAAAACGCGCUCAACAGGAAUUGGAGAAGCUAAAAGGCAAUAUCGCUCUUCGAGAAGAUGAGCUAAAGUCAAUUAAGCCAGAGUACGAACGAAUGAAACGCGUUGAAGAGGAAUGCACGCGAGAAUUACAAUUGAAGGAGCAGAAACGCAAAGAGUUAUAUGCUAAACAAGGCCGUGGUAGUCAAUUUACCACCAAGGAUGAAAGAGAUAAAUGGAUACAGAAUGAACUGCGGCAACUUACCAAGCAGAUAAAGGAUAAAGAGGAACAUCAAAAAAAGAUUAGCGAAGAUCUCAAACGCGAUGCAGAAAAACAGGUGGCCUUGGAGAAGAAGAUAGGCGAUCAUACACGCGAGAUGGAACGACAACGUACAUCGAUAGACGACCAUAACAAGCAAUAUUACGAUCUCACCAAAUCGAAGGACCAAUGUCAAGCAAAUCGAAAAGAACAAUAUCGGCAAGAGAGUGUAUUGCAACUGAAUUUAUCCGGUCUAAAGGAGGAUUUGGCAAAAGCGGAUCAGAGUUUGAGAUCCAUGGCUGGUAAACCUAUUCUGAAUGGUAGAGACAGUGUACGUAAAGUAUUGGACACUUUCCGUACACGGAAAGAUAUGGCUCAUGAAGUGAGUAGUUAUUACGGGCCUGUAAUCGAGAAUUUCAACUGCGACAAGAGUGUUUACAUGGCGGUAGAGGUAACAGCUGGAAAUCGAUUGUUCCAUCACAUUGUAGAGACCGAUAAGUUCGGUACGAAAAUUUUGAAAGAAAUGAACAAUCAGCGUUUGCCGGGUGAGGUAACCUUUAUGCCUCUGAAUAGACUUCACGUGAAGAAUAUCGAUUACCCGCAAACCUCCGACGCCAUACCUAUGAUAUCCAAACUAAAUUAUGAUCCUAAAUAUGAUAAGGCGCUAAGAUAUAUAUUCGGGAAAACUUUAAUUUGUCGUAAUCUGGAAGCGGCAACAAGUCUAGCCCGAACGUCUGGUUUGGAUUGCGUUACAUUAGAGGGAGAUCAAGUUUCAUCCAAAGGCUCCUUAACUGGUGGAUAUUUCAAUACACUUAAGUCGCGCCUUGAGAUACAGAAGACAAGAUCGGAAUUAAUGUCUCAGAUUUCUACCCUCGAGACUCAAUUAACGACGCUCAAAGAGGAGAUCAGGAAGGCGGACCAAAAUAUUAGUUCUUACGUUAGCGAAAUGCAGAGAACCGAAACUAGAAAUAGUAAAGCUAAGGAUAUAUAUGACAAGAUGAAGGCAGAAAUACGUCUUAUGAAGGAGGAGUUGAGCGCGAUAGAAAGGUACCGGACGCCAAAAGAGAGAAGCCUCGCACAGUGCACGUCUAGUUUAGAAGCAAUGCGUGCGACUAAAGACGGUCUAGAGAGCGAACUGCAUCAAGAACUUAUGGCACAAUUAUCCGUCGCAGAUCAGCAUCAGGUUGAUACUUUGAAUGAUGACAUCCGACGUUUGACGAAGGAGAAUAAGGAAGCAUUCGCAAAGCGAAUGCAGUUGGAAGCGGAGAAGAAUAAGUUGGAAAAUUUAUUGACAAACAAUUUGGUGAGGAGGAAAGACGAGCUUGUUCAAGCUUUGCAAGAGAUAUCGGUCGAAGAUCGGCAACGACAGCUCGACUCAUCAAAGAUUCAACUGGCGGAUAUAGAGAAAAGAUUAGUAAAAGUAAACGAGGACUUUAAAUCGCAGAAUGAGAAAGUAACAAGUGCAAUGAAAAAACAAAAAGCAGAAUCCGCUGACGUCGAAAAGUGGAAGCUGAAGGAAAAAGAAGCGCAGGAAAAGAUAGAGGCCGACGCGAAGGAUUUGGAGAAAUUGGCGAGCAAAUUAAAUAUUCUGCAACAAAAGAUAGUGGAAUGUACGCAGAAAAUUACCGAACUCGGCGCGCUGCCUAGUCAUGAGGCUUACUCUAAGUUCAGUACAAUGACCACGAAGCAGCUCUUUAGGGAGAUGGAGAAAGCGAAUAAUCACCUGAAAAAAUACAGCCAUGUAAAUAAGAAAGCCUUGGAUCAGUUCAUGUCGUUCAGCGACCAAAAGGAGAAAUUGGUGAAACGGAAAGAGGAAUUAGAUAGAGGCGACGAGAAAAUAAAAGAACUCAUGUCAGUGCUUGAGCAACGCAAAUGCGAGGCGAUACAAUUUACAUUUAAACAAGUGAGCAAGUAUUUCAGCGAUGUAUUUAAUAAGCUUGUACCUUCGGGACACGCACAAUUGGUGAUGAAGACUGCGGACGGCGAUGAAGAGGACGACGGAACAGCCGAGCCGGCCGAUUCUGACAGGUUUAUUGGCGUUGGCAUAAGAGUGUCGUUCACGGGACAUAGAGCUGAAAUGCGAGAAAUGAACCAAUUAUCCGGUGGGCAGAAAUCGCUCGUAGCGUUGGCACUGAUAUUCGCAAUUCAGAAGUGCGAUCCUGCGCCGUUUUAUUUGUUUGAUGAGAUCGAUCAGGCCUUGGACGCACAACAUAGGAAAGCAGUGGCGGACAUGAUCCAUGAAUUGAGUUCGGAUGCCCAGUUCAUCACUACAACAUUCAGACCCGAGUUACUGCAUCACGCGAAUAAAUUUUACGGAGUAAAGUUCAGAAACAAAGUUUCGCACGUUGAAUGCGUGACGCGAGAAGAAGCGGCCGAUUUCGUUGAGGACGAUACAACGCACGGUUAAAAAAGGAAAUAUUUUAUUUAUAUAGCGUUUACUAUCUUUUUUUCUUUUAAACAUGGAGUGAUAAUUGGGACAACUUUGUUAUCACCUCAUCACAGUCAUCUGACGAUUUUCACUAUAAAUUUUCUAAAAAUAUAUCGGGAAUCACAAGAAGAGAGGAAAGAGAAGGAAAUUUUUGUUUGACAUAUUCGGUACCAUAGAUACUCUAUUCCUUUGCACAGAUAGAUCAUUGUAGUUUUGUAACAUGCCAAAGAAUCAUGUUACGUUAUAUAUUUCACGCAAAGGAAGAAAAUGUAACAUGAUUUUGAUAAUAUUUAACCUACGAAAAAUCGAUAUCGAUGUUCAUAUUAUAAAUACAUCACGGAACAACAAUAUGAUACAAAUGUAAUUUGGAGUUGAAUCGUUAUUUUUUAUAUUAUAUAUACUUUAUAGGAAUCUAUAUAAAAACAUACAAGAGGCACGAUAUUUUCUACUCACAAGUAGAAAGUGUGUGAACGUUAUAUUUAUGUAUUUUAGAAACGCUGCAUUGUCCUCUUAUUUUUGUAUACCUAUAGACUUAUAUUUGUGUUGCAUCUUUCACAUAAAUUGUGAAUAAGAUAUAAAUACGCGAUGGAUUUUAUUUCAUGCGAUUCAACCGUCGCAAUAAUAUAAAAUUAUUUGUGUAA